AGACUCGUGACCAUGGCAGUUCUCCCACAUUUCUCUUCUAGGUUUGACAUGGUGUGCAUCGCCGCCAAAUGCAGCAACGAGUGUCAAGCCUGUAAAGAAUGCCACUAUGCCAUCGAACAAAUGAGUGCACUCGCGCAAGGCGAACCGACCUCCGGCUUAUGCCCAAAGUUGGAAAGUUGUGUGCAAAGUUGUCUACAAGCCGGCAAUCUUUCUAUGGUAAGCUUGCGCUGUAACGUACACUGCUACGACGGCGAUUGUUCGUCGUGCAGAACGAUCUCGAAGCGGAUGUUCACCAUCAUCUGCCAACAAACCGACAUGCCAAAACUGCCCCACAUACAAUACACAGGCACUUGCCCGCACCUCUUCAAUGAGUUGGCCGACGAAUAUGUGGCUCAGAGAAAACGCAUCGUCGCCUGA